AUGUCACACAUUGGCCGUCACACAACCCCUUUCAUUCGGACAAGCAUGCCACCGCGCAAAAGGGCGAAGAUCGAGUUCGGUGCUGCAACUGAAGACGACAAUCCUUCGGCAGCUAUCGGAGCUGGAAAUCCCUCUUCUUCAGCGCCAAGCACGCGUCCCCCUCGAUAUACCUCUGUUCCAAAACUGACCACCCUUGCAUCACGCGUAUUCGCCGAAAAUUUCCUUCGGUUGCACCACAGAGAGACUUUAUGGAAGGAACGACUUUCUGUUCAACUUUUGGGCCUCCCAGAAACCCUUCUUCCGCUCCUACUCUUAGAUCUAACUCAAGUCUGUCCAACCUAUCUUACACACGGAUUCCUCGUCACAUACUUCUUCCGAGGGCACUCUCUUACCCUGGAUUCGUCCCUUACAGGCGUUAAUAAUCACUCUAUACGCGCCUUGCAGCGAAUGAGCACUAAUCUACGUGACUUGGAAGUUAGCGGGUUCAAGAAAGUGCCAGACAAAACCUUUGCUGACGCGAUUCGCCAUCUACCAAACCUGAGACGCCUCGUGCUCCGGGGCUGCUCGCUGGCUGGACCUGCAACCAUGAAAGCAGCUGAAUCAUGUACACAGAUGCAGAUAGCAAACUUCAAUUAUACUGCAGUCACCCCAGCCGCACUGCAGCCAUUUCUUCUCGCCUGCCACAAAACCCUGACAGUACUCAAACUAGCUGGUAUUCCUAACUGGACCGACGCAACCUUCCGGAAGAUGCUUUCCCCGGACUUAACAUUACCUCAGCUCCUAACGCUGAAGGUUUGCCGAUUGAAUGUCUCGGAGGCGCCGCUGAACGACCUUACAAAUCGUUGUCCAGCCCUCCGACGUCUAGACAUCUCAUUCACAGCUGUACGACACCCAUUCCAAGGCACAUCUAUAGGCACUCUUCCGUUCCUCGAGAAGCUCUAUCUCACGUCGACGUCCAUUCCAAAUCCGGAGCUGUUGUCGCUGCUUCCUCAACUCAAUUCACUUACUUCCCUUGCACUGGGUGCCCUCGGAGCCAGUCCACGUUCAAUUUCUGCCAUUGACUCUUCAAUGACGUUGACCGACUCAGUUCUCCUCCAAUUUAUCCCACAUCUGCAAUCGUUGAAAAUGCUCACAAAUUUGAGUCUCGUUGGAAACACCAAGCUGUCUUCCUCCCUUGGCCCUCUCAUCGCGGCUGUGGGCAGAAAUUGCAAGUGGUUAAACUUGUCUAGCAUCCCCGGACUACGUUCACAGCAUCUUGCUCCACUCGUCCCUGACGACGAGUUGGCGGAGGCACCAUCACGGCUGGAAACAUUGUUGCUGAACAAUACGGGUAUCGACGACGACGCUGCGCCUUUCCUUGCGUCUUGUGCUUCACUCAGAUGGCUGGAAGUGGCCGAGACCAAAAUGACUAGUGAUGGCCUCUUCAGUGUUCUCGACGGCUGUGUGCUCCUGACAACUUUGGGUCUCAAAAGCUGUCGUGGUGUCCGUGUUAGCAACCGUCGUCGAUUUUUCGAGGCAGGUCUUCUUUUAUUCCAAUGUCACACAUUAUUAAUUCAGGCCUUUUGUAGGUAUGGGAAGAAGAAAGGGCUUCGAAACGCUGAAUACGAAUAA